UAAGGUACCGACGUCAACUGCAGAUGUACAGUAUAGACUGUGAAGCGCGGGCCGCUAACACGUACAGACUAUCAACUCUUCCACUCCAAAACCACGUUAUUUUUCAAUCUCAAUUUGCAAGCACACGUUUAGAAGGACUGGGAAACUAAUGCAUACACAGAGAAAGUAUUUUGAUCUGCACGCGGUACGGUAUUAAACAUCUGUCUGGAACAGUUCACGUAUAUAUUGCAAAGUAUUGCUUUCUACUUUUGGAUAAAAACUACUUUUAUUAUUAUUUAAGAAAGAUGGCAUCAACUCAAAGCAUGAAAGCAGAGGUCCAGUGCGCAGUUGACUUCCUUAGAAGUCACCUAUACAACAAACUGCCUCGAAGAAGGGUUAACGUCCUGGCUGAGGAAAUAGAGAAGGCACUCUACCUCAAGUUUGGCGGCCACUGGUAUCCUGGUCAACCAAAUAAAGGCUCAGGGUACAGAUGUAUUCGAAUCAAUCGUCUCAAGGUAGAUCCUGCCGUUGAAGCUGCUAUCCUACAGAGUGGUCUAGACGUGGAUGAAGUUGUUGAGAACCUUCCUCAAGAACUCACAAUGUGGAUCGAUCCUGGUGAAGUGAGUUAUCGAAUCACAGAGAAGGGCGUAGUCACCGUCAUCUACAAGCAGGAGACAGUUGUUGAAGAGGGUGUUGAACCUGAAGCUCCUUUCUCAUUGGUAGACUCAUUGGGUUCAUCCCUACAAGGAUUUCAUAUCAAUGCCGCACCAUCCGUCCCGUCUACGAGUGGAACUACGAGUCCUGUGGCCCCGGGUAGUCCUGGUGGCAGAUCGUCCAGUAGUUCCACCUCUACAAGUGGUUCAACCUCUCUCGUCCGACCAAACGCGCUCACCUUUACUGCAGCCUCAUUUGCUCAGACCAAAUUCGGCUCUACCAAACCCAAGAAUUCGGGCAAACGAGUCAACUUCCAGCAGCUUUCUCCGACAGAGUUUGCAAACUACAUGAAACAGCGAUCAGCCAUGAAGAACUACCGCAGUAGUCAACGUUCUCCUCAGCAGCUAUCACCGAAUGCUCGAGAGUUUGUUCCAUCGAUGCAGCAACAGUACGCAACACCCUGGAGUGAUGCUAGUGGUACUCCUGGAGCUGGUAUCCAGACUACACACUCUUCUCCAACGGCAAUCAGUCCCGAGAGUUGGUUCUUACCCGAAGGAUGGGGUUUACCCACUUCAAGCCCAGCUGAUCAGUAUAAUCAACAACCCUCAUUGAUUGUGGCCAACUAGCUCAACAUCACUGGGCUCUCAACAUCAUCCAUGCGACCGUUUUCAUAUCGCUGAAAUAUAGCCUCAUUUGCACUUUGAACGUGCUGUGUUUAAAGAAAAAAAACUCAAGAAGUACUUCCGUUUUUUGAAUUGCAAAAGUGCAACGCGUUUUAUGGUUGUACUCCGCAGCUUCAUAGCCGAACUAUUUUUUCAUGAAUUGUUACUGUUGUUUAAGAAUUCAAAUACUAUUUACACGAUUUUACUAUUCUAUACUAUAUAGCGCAUACUAUUUUGAUAUUACAAAGGAGGCCGGUAAUCCUCAAAUUUUUUACUGAUAGACAUGAAAUGAAUGGCUUUGAGUACUGCGUAUUGUUAUGUGGUUUGUGAUUAUCUUAUAUGAUGCCAUAUCCCAAUCCUCACUAUUCUCUCUCACUUUUUCUUUAUCUUUGCUCUUUCCUCUCCUCUUUAAAUUAUUCUCAUCAUUGUAUAUAUAAAAAUAUCUCUCGAUACGGCCUAACAGCUUUAAUUCUUGUCUCACUUCAUAAAUGUAGAAUUUAUGUCACUGCAAUUGAGAAGGUGCAGGAUAUGUCAUAUUUUAUCUCUUUUUCUUGACAUACCCUAUACCGCCGUUGGCAUAUUUUGUACAUACGAUUGACAUCUAUCAUACUUAUUCAAUUUACUCUAGGUAAGCGUCAGCUGUACCUCAUACAUUAUACAUGCAUAAAUCAUCAAGUAUUGAAAUUAGUAAUUUUGUACUCUUGAUCGACAACACGAGAAUUGUACAGUUUCUUAUUGGUCAAUCUUUUAUCACGUGACAGUAAGCAAAGGCGACAGUGCACUUGAGCCGACCGCCCUGCUCUUUAUAGAUGUAUAGCAAAAUACACACAGUGCACAAACACACAUAUUGUGGAUUGUGUAUCUCAAUUACCAAUGGUAUUCUAUGUGUAGCUUGUGUGAUAUGCAAAUUAUGUUGUAAUUGAUUACAUGGCUGUCGUGUGUGUCGCCAUGUGCAGUUCAUUGACGUACUUGAAAAUCGAUUCACAAAAAAUUGUAUCAUUUUGAUCCCCGUGACAUUUUUAGUCCAAUGGGAUAUAUUUUCUUACGCAAUUUGUACAUAUAUAUUUUUUUCGCUUGUUUUAACUUUUAAACAUUGACUGACUUAAAAGUCUAUGUACAGUCCUUUCGUAAGGAAUGGUUCUGGGUCUAAGGCUUUAAUUACUGAAGAAUUACAAUUAUUUAUGAUAUCUGUGUAAAUUUUGUGUGAAAUUGAUGAUAUAUAUAUAUUAUAUAUUUUUCUUUCUAAGAAGGAACGUGCAUAUUUUGCCUUGAAUCUCACCUUGUUGUUAAUUGUCGCCAUCUACGUUCACUAAAAUCCCAUUCCUGACUAAACAUCUCACUAUUAUCAGUCAGAUCCACCAUACUUCUAAAAAUAAAAGAUCUAAUUAAAUUCAAAUUGCAUAAUAUAGUACUAAUAACAACAAGAUUUUUUUAUAUAAAGAUACACGUAAUGAGCUUCUUCAAAUGGAUAUGACUUCUGACCUUGUACCAAGAAUUUUGGCAGAAAUAUUAAUUUGAUGCGAUCGAAACAGACUAUUUGGUGUUGGGUUUUAAAUGGUGUGAACAGGCAUCAAAGGUGAAUUCUUGUUUGUUACGGACUGUGCAAUACAACAUGUACUUAUUUUUCAAGGAUUGGAUGGUGUAUCUACCCAUUCAGCCAUGAUUAUAUUAUGAUCAAAUUUGUAAGUUUAUAUUAAAUAUUCUUUCAGAGCA